UGUUACAAUGGGCUGCGGGCUUAAUAAAUUGGAAAAACUGGAUGAAAAACGACCAGGAAACAUUUAUUCUACUCUCAAGCGACCAUAUGUGGAAACCAAGAUUGAUGUGUCAUAUGAGUAUCGUUAUGUGAACGUCACAACAAUCAGUCAAGCUGAAGCACCAAGUUCACCUGCCGUCUGGCUUUCCUCUCUGCGUGAUCUUCCAGCACAUCUGCAUGAGCUGUACCAGCAGGGCUUCACGGUGGCUGCUAUACAUCCCUUUGUUCAGUCCAGUAAAGGGAGAGAAAGAAUUCCCCAGGAAAAAAUGUUUCGAGUAGUACUCAUCAAGAAAACAGAAAGAAACUCAACCGGUGACCUAAACUCUGAAGAAUACGCCCUGGAAGUCGAACCAUGUCUGUCACUGGAUCAGCUCGCAGACCAAAAGCUCAUACCCGACCUGGUGAAGAGAAUCGAAGAUGCAGCCAAUCAGGGGUCAAAGUUUGCUGGGAUCAUUCAAACAGACUACAUACCCCAGGCUAUAACACACAGUCCCGACAGCCUGAGUCACUGCAGCUCCCCUGAAUGCACGGUCAAGAAAGAGUGCAGCGGUAUUGAGUUUAAUGCGUUAGCUGGGGCAUCAGAUCACACCGAUGGGAGUUCUUUACCAGCAUCAAGCAGUGAAAAUGGCGAAACUUCCAAAGGACUUGAUGCUGAACAGCGGAACCCAGAGGCUACAACAACAGGGGAAGCAGAUCAGCUGGAAGAUCUCACCUUCACUAAUUCAAAUGAAGAUGUCUUUAUCCAUGAUAAAGUAACCACAACUACAGAGUCAACUCUGCCCGAUGACUGUCCGAUUAGAAGAACUGAAAUUUUGGCAUUUUUUAACAAGCCUAAGACCCAGCAAAGAUACAGGAAGUACUAUACUGUGAACAUUCCCAUGAAAGUCUCCAAGGAGGGGGAUACUAUCAAUGGUUUUGAGGCUAACUGGCUGGAGCACAUGACCGAUCAUUUCCGGAAAGGGUGCACACUCGUGAAUUCCGUCUUUUACCUUGGAAUGGUUAAUGAUACCUCAUCAGAAUUCACAGAUGGUGUAUUCAUUUUUGAAGAUUAUCCAGAACAGGAACCCAGAGCUGUAAGACGUUAUGAUGCAAUUGUCGUAGAACAAUGGACUUUGCUACAAGGAUUAGAAGUACACACGGACUACAUGCCUCUGUUGGACUCUUUGGCUGUCUAUGGCUGGCAACUAACAUGUGUUCUUUCAACCCCUGUUGUCAAAACAAACAGGGAUGGGAAUAUCACCACCAAGCAGAUUGUGUUUCUGCAGAGACCAGCACUGCCUCACAAGAUGAAGAAGAAAGAACCAAAGUUUCAGUGGAGGUUUUCCAAAGAUGAAAAGCAUAGCAAGCACUCUAAGAAAGUGAAAGGGAAGAUAAAUUCCAGAGAGAAUGCCCACACGGAAGGAAAAAAAGAAUCAGUCAAAAACAGGAAAAAUGAAGAGCUCCCAAAAAUUGAUGAAACCGUUGAUGGCAACAUCCAUGAAGGCUAUCAAAGAGAUGGGGAUGUCCAUAUCAGGAAUGAUAGUCUCAUUGAAGAAGUAUUAACCCCACCAAGGAAUGAUGAUGCUGAAGAAUCACAGGAGUUGCUCAAUACAAAGACUGACAAGGUCUCGUUAGACGUGGUUGAUUUUCCUGAAGGCUUAAAGGAAGUGGACGCUGACAAGAGUCAGGGUAUGCUUGGAGAAAUUGCAGAUGAAGGAGAUAGCAAGGAAACGGAUGUCAUUGUUAACAAAUCAGAAAAUGACAGUAAUGUCUGCUCUGUGGAAGACGUUCAAGAAAAAGGUGGAGAAUAAGUUUAAGGCCACUCUGGCUAGUUACAAGACUAAAUGAGCACUUUUACAUUGAUGACCUGAAAAAUAUGACUUUAUCAUUAUUUUAUGCCCAUAUUUCAUGUGUAUUCUUGGUUAACACAAAUAUAUUCAUGAUAACAUUUUCAUAAAGGAAAGGCGCUCCA